GGGGAGAGGGAGGGGGAGAGACUUUUGCACAGCUUGUCCAUCUUGUUAGUCCUGUGCCAGCUCCAGCAUGCAUGUCUGCCUAUCUGUUGUUUUGUGGCUUUGUGUCUGAAUGCACGUCUCACUUUGAUCUUCAUCUGCUUCUCAUCUAGCAUCUCGUUCACCACCGUCACCAAGAAGACACAGCAGCCAUUCUUCAUUCUGGAGGGAAAGGCCCCAGUCGAGCCCAGCAGGGGGGAUGGAGGAGAUGGGGACUCUGGUUCUCCAAGCCCCACAUCUGCUGCUCUGCCUCUGACCCACGCAGAGACUUUGGCCCCCUGGCAGAGUGAGAGCCUGCUGGCAGAGUCCUGGUCCACGGUGGGCGAUGCGGACCCAGAGGACACCAAGAGCCUGGACAGCAAUGAUGAUAUUGGGCUGGGCGGAGAGGAGAACCACUCCUCCAACUCUGACAUGGUCCACCUAGAGCGAGAGGAGGUGGAGAUGCUCGAGGAGGCAGAGAAGGAGGAAGCGGCGAGGAGGACAGAGGAGGAGGAGGAAGACGACGAGGAGCUGCAGUCGAGCGUGUUGAGUGUUUUAGGCGGGGAGAGGGAGCUUGUGGAGCUCAGAGAUGAGGAGCAGGACCUCAGUGCCCCAGAAACUGAGGAGCUCCUGAUGACAGCGGAGGAGCCUCACAAGAAGAAGGAGCCGGCAGAGUUCAUGCAGGUGGUUCCCCCCAUGGCACUGCCUCCUCUGCCUAUCGUCAAGUUCGAUCCCCCCUCCACUACGUCCACCCCGGUCCCUUCAACCGCAAGCUCUGAAGCUGAGGAGCUCUACCCCACUCAGGGUCAGGGGCUCCACCCUCCUUCUAUCCUUACACAUAUGGCAGCAGAGCCUCCGUCAGAGAGUCAUGAGCAGCUACAAUACUCACAGAUUCCCCUGACGGAUGUAGAGGAACAUUCAGCCAAAGCCUCUGAAGCAGCACCAGGAAAGCUGGAGCCGACACUGCCUGCUGCGCCAGAGACUUCCCAACCUCUGAGCUCCACAGAGCUGCUGUGUGGAGGCGCAGCUUUGGUCGCGGUUUUAGGAAUAGUGGCUUAUGGUGCUGUCGCCUACUGCAGAAAGUAGCCUAGAAUCACCUUUUAAACACAAUUUUUUAAAUCUAUUCCAAUUGAAAAUAUUCCACUUCGGGAUUUUACUCUUUGUAUUGUAGUUAUUAUUAGACACAUUAAUUUGAUUUUUCAGAUUCGUUUUGUGCUACCUCAGCUCAUGGCCUUUGUUUUUCUGUAUACGAUUGAUCUCUGAUCUCUAACAUGUAAGCCUGGAAUGUAAAAUCAUGUGAAGGUAGAAUUUUAAAGAAUCCUGAAACUUGAA